AUGUGGGCCUGCAAGUGGGUACUGAACCUCUUCCUUGCCUUGCUGUUGAGCUCAUUCAGUGCUGACAACUUGUCUGCUCCUGAUGAAGAUGGUGAAAUGAACAACUUACAGAUUGCAUUUGCUCGCAUCCAGCGUGGUAUUUCCUGGCUGAAGAAUGCUACUUUUGACUUUUUCCGUGGGGAUUUUAAGAAGAGACGGAGAAAAGCCAAAGAAGCCAAAAUGAUGACUAGCCUUAGCUGCAUGAAGAAUCACUCCAAUGAAACCGUAAAGGAUUGGCGAGAGGGAAACGGCCUGGCAAGAACCAUUGACCUCAAUGGUGAUAAGUAUGUGCUUCCUGACUCUGAUGGCUUCAUGACCAACCCCAACCUGUCUGUUAAAGUCCCCAUUGCAACAGGAGAAUCGGAUGUAGAAUUUCAUGAUGAUGAGCAAAGCACAUGCACCGAGAUGGAAGUCAGCAAGGAGAAACUGGAUGAAUCAAGUUGCUCUGAAGGAAGCACAGUGGAUCUGAGGAAACCAGGAGAGGAAGAGGAUGAAUACUCGGAAAUGGCUGAGGAGGCUCUUGACCCAGAGGACUGCUUUCCUGAAACAUGCGUGCGUCGUUUUCCAUGCUGUGAAAUUAACACCACACAGGGAGUCGGCAGAGCUUGGUGGAGGCUAAGGAAAACCUGCUACCGAAUUGUUGAGCACAGCUGGUUCGAAACAUUCAUCAUCUUUAUGAUUCUUCUGAGCAGUGGUGCCCUGGCAUUCGAGGACAUCUACAUCGAGAAAAGGAAGUUUAUUAAAAUGGUCUUGGAAUAUGCUGAUAAGGUCUUCACCUAUGUGUUUGUUCUUGAAAUGAUACUGAAAUGGAUAGCAUAUGGCUUUAAGAAGUAUUUCACCAAUGCUUGGUGCUGGCUUGAUUUUCUAAUUGUAGAUGUCUCUUUAAUAAGCCUUGUAGCUAACGCCCUGCAAUAUCAGGACUUCUCUGCAAUAAAAUAUCUUAGGACCCUUCGAGCUUUGAGACCAUUAAGAGCCUUGUCACGCUUUGAAGGCAUGCGGGUGGUAGUGAAUGCCCUUAUUGGUGCCAUCCCUUCCAUCAUGAAUGUGUUGCUCGUCUGUCUGAUUUUCUGGUUGAUUUUUAGUAUAAUGGGGGUGAACCUUUUCGCUGGAAAAUUUGGAAGAUGUGUCAACAAAACAACAGGAAUCCCGUACAAUGAGACACACAUAAACAACAAAUCCAUGUGUGACAGUAUGAAUAGCACAUUCUAUUACUGGACCAAAGUAAAAGUCAAUUUCGACAACGUUGGAGCUGGUUACCUUGCUCUUCUCCAGGUGGCAACAUUCAAAGGGUGGAUGGAAAUAAUGUAUGCUGCUGUGGAUUCACGAAAUGUGGAGGACCAGCCAAUUGUAGAACAUAAUCUUUAUAUGUACCUUUAUUUUGUAAUCUUCAUCAUUUUUGGAUCAUUCUUCACCCUCAAUCUCUUCAUUGGUGUAAUUAUUGAUAACUUCAACCAGCAAAAGAGAAAGAUAAGGGGACAAGACAUUUUCAUGACAGAAGAACAAAAAAAAUACUACAAUGCCAUGAAGAAGCUUGGCUCUAAGAAACCCCAGAAGCCAAUACCACGACCACCAAACAAAUUUCAAGGCUUCUUUUUCGAUGUUGUGACAAAACAAGUAUUUGACAUCAUCAUUAUGAUCCUUAUUUGCUUGAACAUGGUCACUAUGAUGGUGGAAACAGAUGAGCAAACUGAGAAAAUGAACCAAAUUCUCUUUUAUAUCAACCUGGCUUUCAUUGUAAUCUUUACUGGAGAGUGCUGCAUAAAGAUCAUUGCUCUUCGAUGUUACUUCUUUACAAUUGGUUGGAAUAUCUUUGAUUUUGUGGUGGUCAUCCUCUCCAUUGUUGGAAUUGUGCUUGCAGACAUAAUAGAAAAUUAUUUUGUGUCUCCAACUUUAUUCCGUGUGAUACGACUUGCACGCAUUGGACGUGUUCUCCGACUUAUACGUGGAGCCAAAGGAAUUAGGACUUUACUCUUUGCCUUAAUGAUGUCUCUUCCUGCCUUGUUCAACAUUGGUCUUCUGCUUUUCCUUGUCAUGUUUAUUUACGCCAUCUUUGGCAUGUCUAACUUCAUGUAUGUGAAGAAGCAGAAUGGAAUCGAUGACAUGUUCAACUUUGAAACUUUUGGCAACAGCAUGAUCUGCCUUUUCCAAAUCACUACAUCUGCAGGGUGGGAUGGUCUCCUCAGCCCAAUCCUCAACACCCCUCCUGACUGUGACCCAAAUAUAGUCCAUGCUGGAAUUUCAGUUAAGGGGGAUUGUGCAAACCCAUCAGUAGGCAUCUUCUUCUUUGUUAGCUAUAUUAUUAUAUCAUUUCUAAUUGUUGUAAAUAUGUACAUAGCUAUCAUUUUGGAGAAUUUCAGCGUGGCUACAGAGGAAAGCACAGAGCCACUUAGUGAGGAUGACUUUGAUAUGUUCUACAAAGUCUGGGAGAAGUUUGAUCCCGAGGCUACUCAGUUCAUUGAGUAUUGUGUGCUAUCUGAUUUUGCAGAUGCCCUUGAAGAACCUCUGAGGAUUCCUAAGCCCAAUAAAAUCAAGCUGAUUACUAUGGACCUCCCAAUGGUCAGUGGGGACAAAAUUCACUGCUUAGAUAUCUUGUUUGCUUUCACCAAACGAGUCCUUGGAGAAUCUGGGGAAAUGGAUGCACUUAAACAGCAAAUGGAGGAAAAGUUCAUGCUGGCCAACCCAUCAAAGAUCUCCUAUGAGCCCAUCACAACUACUCUCCGGCGGAAGCAGGAAGAGGUGUCGGCGGUAGUAAUUCAGAGAGCUUACAGAAGGCACCUUCUGCGGCGCUCUAUGAAACAGGCAUCUUUCUUGUUUCGCCACAGAACUAGUGAAGGGAACAUUUUUAUGGAGGGUGCACCUGAAAAGGAGGGACUCAUAGCCUCCAUGAUGCAUGAAAACUAUGGUUCUAGGGUGGAAACAGCAGAGACGAUAUCGUCCACCUCUUCACCUCCAUCUUACGACAGCGUCACCAGGGCCAUAAGUGAUUCACAGCAGAUAAACAGCGAAUCUAGAAGCACUGGUAUCAUUGAAUUCUGUACAAACAACUACAGAGACAAGGAGUCAUUUCUGUGACACUGGUUAUAAAAUGCUUUAAAUGUUGUUUACCGAAUGUAACAUAAUUCAAACAACAUUGUCUUUUUUGUACACUUAGUUGCAAAACAAACCACAAGUUUUCAUUUAUUUGCUUUUUUAUUUGAUUAUUAUUAUUAUUUUUUUUUUUAAGGCUACCUUACUUGGAUAUAUUUAAGACAUUGUGAAAAUCACACAUCAUGAAUGACCCUCCAGCCCUGCUUACAGUACAUCAGCUAUGCUUCACAGCUUAUAUGCAUGAAAAAUUUCUGAAGGAUCACAACAUAUAUCACUGAUGUAAUGAGCAUCUAUUAGACUGAACAAAUUUUUACUAUUCAUAAAACAAAUAACUAUUGCCUGACUAUAUGCAUUCUUUAAAGGUCUUACCUAAAACGGUGUGAAUACUUAUCAUAAAAUAUGACCUUGAAUUAAAAAAACACUAAAGUUAUAACAAUUUCUGAAGAAAAAAUGUAAAUCUUAGCUAAUGUAUAUGUUAAUACUGGUCUUUCAUAAAGUUAUUAUUAUAUUUGAUAUUUUUCUACUUACGGGAAAGGUCUCUUUUUCCAUUUGGUAUGAUACUCCUGUACAUUGCAAAAUUCUGAAAGUGCAGAGAGAACAGUAGAUUCGGUUUAAUUGUCUUUCUGAAUUUGAUUUUAAGAGCCAGACUUUUUAUACAGGCUUGAAUCACAGUGUAACCUCUCUAGUGACGUGUUUAUGUAUUACAGGGAAGUAUCACGCUGUAAUCUCAGCAUCACAAAAGAAAAGUUACAUUAUUUUUUCCUUUCUUUAAAGCUGAAAGCGUGACAAUCAUAUCCCAGUUCUCUUAACCUUUGGUGAUGCUGAUCUAUAUUGAAUAUUUAAUGUUUUCAGGUAUUUAUUCCAAAUAUAAGAAGGUGUAAAGCCAUUGGUUUAUAGUCAUGCACAUAAGACAUGUUUGGUUUUUAAUAGAAAGUUACCAGAGAGUGCAUGAGAUAUUAUUUUUGCAUGUAUUCACUAACACAAUAAGCACCUUGUACACCCAGUUGCUCUCUGGUAACAUUGCCAGUGGUAUUGUGAUUGGUGAUUUAAGGAAACAAUGAUUAUAAUAGGCAAUGCUGUUUCAAUCUGUGUUUUUUUUUUUUUCCAAUCUGUGCUAAUGUAAAAGUGAAAAGACAACCAGAGAUGCUAAAGGAAAUUAUGCGCUGCAUGCUUCUGAUACCAUGUUUUAUAAACGCCUGUAGGUUUGCAGUUGCAAAAGAAGCAGACUCAGACUGAGUUAGCUUUAUAAUUUGGAACAGUAAGUUAAGUUAACAAAAUCUACAAAUCAGCAUGAAGUUGGACCAUGUUCAUUUGAAAUUUUCAAAAGAAGUGCUUAAAACUUCUUUGACCUAAGGGCUGCCUCAAACUAGCAAUAGUUCCAUUCUUUUCUUUAUUUCAUUGACUUAUCUCUUCCUGCCUUAUUAAAGGCAUUGUGGGUGGCCUGGCAAGGUUUCCCUUUUUUAAUGUUUCUCUUUUUACUCCUCAGAUCUCAUCCCUUGCACCACAUGAACCUCUCACCCAGAUACAAUGCAAAUUUGUCACUUUAGCCCCACUUUCAGGGCACCAAUCGUUUGCACAAUUGAGAGAUUUAUUUUUACUGAAUGCUGGUGGUAAAAAGUAACUCAUGAGUCGUUGUGUUCACAGAUUUAGAACAGACUUUUGUUUUUGUUUUAUUUCCAAACCCAUCCCAUUGCUUUUUCUUUCCCACAAUCCAUAAGACAGGGGACUCUCAGUGUUUUGUUAUGAAGUGUACAGUGUACCACCCCUCCGUUGAUUUCAAAACCGAUCGCUAAAGUAUUUUUCAUGAUGACUUUGGAUGGAAACCUGUCUUCCCCAUAAUGAAAUAGUUUUGUCCUUUUCUUGCUGAAGGAAUUCUCUUUUGUUCAUGGUGGGCAUAUAUAUGACCUUUUCCUCCCAAUACCUGUGUCAGCUAAUGGAUGGUCUGAAUGUUUCUUAAUGCUUACAUAAAAUGUUAUAUUGAGGUAUUAAAUGCAGCUAUGCAGAUAUUUUUCUACCUGCUUCUUCUCUUGCAGAGCUGGGGGCACCUGGGCCUUAAAUUAUAGUUGUCAAGUACACAGGUAUAGUUCAAUGCAGAGGGUUCUUGAAACCUCCCAUAACUGUCCUUGGUAAUGAUUUGAUAAGAGUUGCCCAUUUGUAAUUGCAAAUCAGACUAUAUUUUGAAAUCAGCUCUAAUGAAGUGCAGUUUGCUUAAGCAUAUUAAGUUUAAGGCAGAAUUUCAAGUUAUACUGUAAAACUGGUGCAUGCUGCAGCCGUUGAGCAUCAGAUCUGGCCCACCACUUCUUUUUAGAGGUGAAUGAUGUUCACUCAUGACAUCAUAUUUUGUAUGUCUUCUAAUUUUGUUUCCAUUCAUAAAAGUCAGGCCUUGUGAAUUUGUGCCAAAACUUUAAACUAAAAACACAUUGCCCACAUUUCAGACAGAGAAGGAAUGUGUAGAUUAUACAGUACACUGUCUCCUGUGGCAGAGAGUGUACCUUGCUUGAAUCAGACGAAAUCAAGAUAAAGUCAUUGCAGGGCACUCAUUUUAGGCCCAGAAGUCUAGGCAAACGGUUGUCAUUUUAUGUAGUGUAUGGUAUGGUACCCACUAAGCAAGACAGCUUUUUUAUCAUCCACCUCCUUGCUUUAGUCCCCAAUCAUUACUGCGUUGACUCCCAAUGCUUUAAGUGCUACAGUAGGCAAGUCUAUCCCAUUGCAAGAGUUAACUUUUACAAUUCAAUUACACUAACCACGGCACUAUUGCUAGCUAUCAUUAAAGACAUUAGGCACUUUUUUACAGUGUUUAUAAUUAUUUUCAUAAUCCCACAAACGUGAAUUUGACAAUGUGAUAUUGUUUUCACAAAGGGACAGUGUACUGUACAUACAGAAGAAACUAAAGGUUAUCUGAAAGGGCCAUAUUGGUAACUGCCAUUAACUUCAAACACAACCACAGUUUCCUCUCAGGUAUUUCACUUCACCCCAUGUUUUAUUUAUUUAUUUAUUUAUUUUUUGUAUGAGGGUCAGUCAAAUAACGCUUGUGUUUUUAAGCAACACAAUACAAUACCCCUGGGCUGAGUUCAAACCAGCUGUCUCUCUAUCUCUGAUUGUUUUCUUCACAAUUAAUUGAAAUAAUACAUUUCUUGACUAGUUUAAUAGUUUCAAUAAUUUUUAAUAAUAUAGCAUGACUAUGAAAUGGGGUCCCAUUCAUGACGGCUCCUGCCUUGCUUCUAAUCCUGGCAAAAUAUGCUCAAGGUCUCUCCAACAAUAAGCUGCUUAAUAAAAUCUAUAUUUAUGUGUAAACCAAUCCAUGCAACAGUGGAUUUUACAACAUACUACGUAGCAAUAUAUAAUGCUUAUAUACCAUAUUUGAUUGUUUGCAAUUAAAAAGAAGUCAUUUUUUCUGGUUAAAAAUGUUUUCCUAGGUUAUUUAUACAAAAUAUGUUUGCAGAAUAGCAUGGGAGUCUGGAAAAUCUCACAGUGCUCUCUCUGUGUACAUUGCUCUCUUGCCCUUAGCUUACUGACAUUGGCUUCUUCUCCCUGCUCAUAUACGCCAGCGGGUCACACUGCACAGAUUUUGCACUAAGCAACCUCUGUUUCAAUUCUGUAAGUCAAUUGCCUGACUGAAUGCACAGUUCUCCAAAAAACAGACAUUUCUUCACCUCUCAGUGGUGGAUUACAUUUUCUAUGAAAACAAACCACUUUUCCCAUUGUUUGCAGUGGAGUUUGUGGAAUGCAUCAGAAUACAGUUUAUUCAGGUGUAGUAGCUAAGAAGAUGGCUGGGAUCUCCAUGUUUACCCUGUCAGUAAAUCUGAGACAUGAAGCAAAACGUUUUACACUAGAUUAUGUAAAAACUCGACGUAAAUCUUCGUCCUUUAAUUUGCUGUUGAAGUGGGUACUGAUGUACCUUACGUGUUCCACUGUACUAUUUAUGUUAACUGCCAAACAGUGGUCAGUGGUACCUGCGUGCUUUCAGCACCCUUACACAAAAGUGCACACAUAUGAUAAAAACGACCUACAGCCACCCACCACCAUCCACCUGGUACCUCAAUUCAACACAAUGAGCAGCUAGGCCAGAAAAAUGUUUGGAGAGCUGCACAUUGUGCUGUCAUUAAGAUGUGUUAUAAUAAAUUAUUAAAUGAUGUUGUUAUCGCACAUUUUCUUCAAAAGAUUGCCAAGUAUUCCUUGUUGAAGUUUUGAAAUCUUGGCCAUCUUUUCGAGUAACCCUGUAGAGAUGUAAUGGUCAGUUUUAAUUUGUGAGGUUCAAGUAAAUAGUGCUGCUUCCUCAUUUUCCACAUUGUCAACAGCUCCAAAGUCCUACUGUAAUCAACUAUGUGAUAGCUUUGCAGCUGUAUUCGAGAGCGUCUCAAGUGGCUGGUUACCUGACAGACGACCAGGUGCAUUGUUUUCAGACUCAAGUGCAAUCAAUAUAAAGCUGUAUGUAAUACUCCUGUAAAUUGUGUAACAUAUGAACAAUGUAAUUUAUUUUUGUGACAAACUAAUACUUUAUGCGGAGAUAAGCCAAUGUAUGUUGAUCAGAAACGAUUUUAUCAGGUACCUGAAGGAUUCUCAGAAUUUCUGUACGGGAAAUGUAUUAAACAAUAAAAUAACAUUUUUAAUAAAAAUAUACAUGAUACAUACGAGGGACGUUCAAAAGGUUUCCGCAUUUUUUUAACUCUUAUUUGUUAAGAAUUUCACCAAACAAAUUACAUCACUUUCUAUAUAGUCUCCUUCAUUUGUGAUGCAACUUUCACUGCAUUGUAACAACUUUUAAUGCCCAAUUACUACUCAAACCCGCCUUCACCAUUCCCAAGAAAAUAUAAAAGUGCGAAACUUUUUGAAGUCCCUCGUGUAUAUAUAUAUAUAUAUAUAUAUAUAUAUAUAUAUAUAUAUAUAUAUAUAUAUAUAUAUAUAUAUAUAUAUAUAUACAUGUUUUGCCACAGAGUGUCUCUGUGUCACAUAUGUCAGUGUUGGGUGUAAAAACCAAAAAGGUAAAACAAACUGAAUCAAUAAGGAAGUGUUGUGUCCCCAGUGGUUUGAAUACUUGGGUGGAUUUUGCCCUUUUUGCAAGUGACUCCCAUCCGCUCAGGCCUUAAAGCCUAUUCUGAGCCCAACAACGGAGGCCCAGUUCUCGUCCUCGUUCAGAACUUUUCAGAUCCUUCGCUCCAGACCAUUUCUCCUCUGUGCAUCACAGUUUGACCUGCCUGCCUUCCAUGCCUGCUCAUGACUUCAUGAUGAGAAUGGCACAGACCAUUAGGGCAAACUGUGGGUCAGAGAAGACUGGGGCAUCAAGCAUCAGCACAGGACCAGAAGCCCCAGCAUGGCAUUCUCUCUUACACAUAUAAAGCUUUAACUCGUUGCAGAUUUUUGUUUUUUUUUAUUGUGGUUGGCCUGGCUCUGCAAUACUUUCAGUUAAUAAAACAUCAACACUAUAAAUAAUUUUGGAAGGGUUGGGAAGGGAAGCAUCUAAAAAUGCAAAGCAAAGAAAAAAGGGGAUUGUACACUUCAUAAUGAAACCUUACAAAUGUCCUGUGUGCCACUUCUGUGCAUGCGUGACUGAUGUGAUGUGGGUCUUGGGUGACGGGGAUCAAUUUGCUAUUUCAGUACUCUGUUAAUCCCACAAAGUGUGCCUGGUUUUUAAAGCUAUGAAGAGAAGCACAUACUGUAAACAAAAAGAAAUAAAUAAACUGGCCUUUUUUAAUAUCUUAGGAUUAAAUAAUGUAUCUAUUUCCUGUAUAUUACUUUCCCAUUUAGAUAAUAAAAUCAAAUUUAAAAAACACUA